CCACUGACAAGCACUGCUGCGCCAUCAUCAGCCCCCAAAACCUCUCCAGGGAUCCGCUGCUGCUGCCGCCGCUGCCGAUUUCCACACUACGGUUUUUUUUGAAAACAUAACUUCUUUUUGUAAGCCUGGAUAAGUUUGUUUGGCCACUCUUAGCGACUUGUUUUUGGUGGAAGGGCGUUUUGUUAUUCACCGCUUUUGCUUUUUCUCCACCGCAGCACUUGGUAGAAUAAAAUGACCCAUGCAAGGUGUAGAAAUCCCCCGCAGGUACGGACGGAGCUGAGGAGGUUGUGAUCGCUGGAGCAGCAGGAUUGGGAUUGUGGGGAAACUUGGCUAUAGGUGCGCGAAGGAUAUUUUUUGAGCGAGGGGAUUUUUGUUUUUGGAGAGGUUGAAUUUUCUGAAUCCUCUCCACGCUUGGCACCGAUUUACGGAGACGUUGCGGGAUUUCGGGGAGCGGAGGAGACUGAAAAAUAAUCUUCUGGAUAAUUCCCCCCCAACAAGGAAACACCUAAUGUUGCACUCCGUGACUCUGUUGCAGCUCUCCAGUGAUCUAUCCUUACACUGGGAUUCAAUCUCCUACUUACCGCCGGAGUUGUGUGCGUAAAGGACGCGCAGGGGAGCGAAAGCAAGAGAGAGGGGGGCGAUUUCGCCAACCUUUCCCGGGGCUCUAAAUCUGUGCAAGCAGGUGUACUUCAGGUGUAUUUCUGCGAGUCAAGAUGUCUGUGCUGCCUUCGAGGUUCAUAUACCUGUGUUUACAUUUUCUGGUACUCUAUUUCCAGCUACAGGAAUCCCAGCAGACCUCUGCUGAUUUCAGGUUUUACAUUGAGAACCACACGAGGAACCCGGACGACCUGAGCCGGAAGCAGGUCCGGAUCUAUCAGCUCUACAGCAGAACCACGGGGAAACACGUCCAGAUCUUGGGGAAGAAAGUCAACGCCAACGGAGAUGAUGGGGGCAAGUAUGCUCUCCUUGUUGUCGAGACAGAAACCUUCGGGAGCCACAUUCGAAUAAAAGGAAAAGAGAGCGAACACUACAUUUGCAUGAACGAGAAGGGCAAAAUAGUAGGAAGGCCCGAUGGAAGGAAGCAGGAGUGCGUCUUUGUCGAGGAAUUCCUGGAGAACAACUACACAGCUCUUGUGUCAGCCAAGUACAAAGGAUGGUACCUGGGCUUCAACAGGAAGGGGCGGCCCAAGAAAGGCUCGCGGACCACGCAGAGGCAACAGGAAGUCCACUUCAUGAAGCGCCAGCCGAAGGGCAGGCCGGACCCGCUGGAGGAGUUUCGUUUCACCACAGUGACUAAGCGGACACGAAGGGCUCGGCGAUUAAAACCCAACCCCAAGAGGAACUGAUGGGACCAAUGGGACAGCACUAAUUUUCCUCGGGGAAAAAAAAAAAAAAAAAGAAAUACUGUAACUGAAAAUCUCAA